UAUGCUGGUUAGGCUUUUUCAAAAUUAACUUAUUAUUCAGUAUUCUAUAUAUACAUAUAUAUGUUUUUCAUAUGUAGGCGUGUGACCAUAAGAUGCAAAUUCGAUACGUUUGUGCUAAAUAUCCCGGCAGUAGUCAUGAUUCUCACAUAUGGGAUAUGAGUGAUUUGAAAAUCAUUAGCGCAUCAAAUUAUCGGAGAGGACAUGCAAAUUUAAUACUAGGUGACAAAGGCUACCCUCUUCAACCGUGGCUCAUAACUCCGUUUAGGGAACCAAUAACAUGCGUCCGAAAAAGGAGAUUCAACACAUAUCAUGCUAAAGGCCGAAUUGUUAUUGAGAAAAAAAUAAGUUUAUUAAAAUCGGUAUUUCGUUGUCUUUGUAGUGAACGAGGACUACAUUACGCACCAUAUAAAGCAGCGCGUAUUGUCAAUUUAUGCUGCGCAUUGCAUAAUAUUCGUUUGCAUUUUAAUUCAAAUGAAAACAUAAAUGAGUUAAACCUGGACACAACUGAAAAUGCAUAUUCCAACGAAGAUGAGAAUGAUAUAGAUGAUACGCCUACCGAUGAAGCAAAUAGAAUUAGAGAUAGUUUUUUAGAUAUUUUUUAAUAUAAGUUCAUAGUACA